AUGCCCGAGUUGGCUUUCCCAGAGCUGCAACCCUAAAUCGUUUGCAAAAUCCCAGGCAGAGGGAGGGAGAUGCGGGUUCAGAUUCUGCCAGCUGCACAGCGUUGCUCGGAGUGAAGAGGCUGGAGGCGUUUGCAAAAGGCACCUUCUUGCUGCGGGAGCCUAAAUGGAAGCAAAACAGCCUCCUCGGGUACCUUCUUCCCCUCCACCAAGUAGCCCCACACCUUUCUCCCCCUCCCCUGUCAAGGGGGAGGCGCGCAUCGGUACACGCGUGCCUUUUAUUCUACUCCACCGAUUCCCCCCGACCCACAACCUGCUGGGGCCGCUGCGUGGACGAACCCGAAGUGCCGAGUGGCGCGGACUCCGUUUCCCGCGCACCUCUUUGGGCGCAUCUGAAGAGGCGGCGCCGCGGCUGCGCACGGAGCGCCGGGCGGCGUCUAGUUGCCGUAGCAACGAGCGGAGGCCACCGUCGGCGCGCGCUGAUGUCUCUGCCGGAGCCCGUGAGGAGGCGGCUGAGCUCCUUCAGCCGGACCGUCUUCACGGACAACAACCGGACCGGACCCGGGAGCAGCGCCGCCGACAGCGUGCCGGGUGAGUGGCGGGCGAGGGCGCCGCAGGGGCCAGCUACGAAGAUGGCGGCGGCGGCGCCGUCACGUGGUCGGCUGCCCGGAGUCGCGAUGGAGGGGCGCUGGGCGGCGGGGAGGCGGCGCAGAGCCCUGGGCUGUUGCAGCUGCAGUGGAGAGGGCAGGGGUUGCAGUGAAUGCAAGAUCAGGGGCUCCUCCCAGACCAAGGAAUGCCUAAUAAAGACCUUCUUAUUCAUUUGUUAACUGCUGCCACAUUAAUAAUUGCCAGGUUUUGGAGGACUCAAUAUAAAUCUCUUCGAAGCUUGCCUGUCGUAGAUAUGGGACUCCAUACUUACGGAUAAACUAAUGGCCUUACUGCAACAAGAGCACCAUACGGGAAAGAUCAACACAAGCUUUUAUACAACGUGGCCGCCUUUUAUUGGAUAUGCACGGCUUCCAUCCACCAGCAACACAGGGAACGUUGUGGAAUGACACUUUCAUCUGACUAUACAUCCAAUGAUCCUCAUCUGGGAUUGCUUUUGUUACAUUUUCACUUUUUGUGAUGGCUCUACACCAACCUGCAGCUGUUAUUGUUGCUGUUACUAUUUUUUCUCUACUUUAUAUCUAAUUCAUUUGUAACUGAAAAUCAAUAAAACACACCAAAGAAGCAGCAGCUCCUAGUGGAAAUGGGUUCUUCGUUUCAGGCCACUGUCCACUUCAACUCUGCAAAAACGUGUGGCUUUCUCAGGAGCUUUUGUAAAAGCGGGUAGCAACUUGUGUAAUUUUGAAUGUUACUAGCAUGAGGCAUAUAAUAUGCUUUUUAAAAUUCCAUCGCAUCCAAAUGUUUAUUUAAAUUUUUCUGAAUCGCAGAAUCAUAGAGAUGUAAGGAACAUCGAGGGUCAUCUCCUCCAGCCCCUUGCAAUGCAGGAAUCUCAUGUCAAAUUCUGUAAUGAACCCAGGGGAUGGAACAGUGUGGUGUAAAUGAAAGCUGAAAAGAAACAAGGCAGAUGUCAGGAAGUAGUAUUUUUGACACUACGAAAACAUUGCAAGACGUUUGCUGAGGCAAGAACUCCAGAAUCAAUUGAGAAAUAAUGGCUGAUUUCCUGAAGGAACUGAAAAAGAUUUCUAUAAGUCAUAGAAUUGGAAGGAACUCUGAGGAUCUUCUAAUCCAGACAUUGGCAAACUCGGCCCUCCAGAUGUUUUGGGACUACAACUCCCAUCAUCCCUAGCUAACAGGACCAGUGGUCAGGGAUGGUGGGAAUUGUAGUCUCAAAACAUCUGGUGGGCCUAGUUUGUCUGUACCUGAUCUAGUCCAACCCCCUACAAUGGAGGAAUCUCAACUAAAGCAUCCCUGACAGAUGGCCAUCCAACAUCUGCUUAAAAACCUCCAAGGAAGGAGAAUCCACCACCUUCCGAGGGAGUCUGCUGCACUGAUAGAACAGCUCUUACUGUCAGAAAGUUCUUCCUGAUGUUGAGUUGGAAUCUCUUUUCUUGUAACUUUAAGCCAUUUGUUCCAGUCCUACCCUCCAGAGCCGGGGAGAAAAGCUUGCUCCAUCUUUCAUGUGACAGCCUUUUGAUAUUUGAAUAUGGCUCUUAGUCACCUCUUAUCCAGGCUAAACAUACCAAAUUCCCUCAACUGCUCCUCAUAAGUCUUGGUUUUCAGACCCUUGAUCAUCUUGGCCACCCUCCUCUGCACACAUUCCAGCUUGUCAAUAUGCUUCUUAAAUUGUGGUACCCAGAACUGUACACAGUACUCGAUAUGUGGUUUGAACAAGAUAGAAUAGAGUGGUACCAUUACUUCCUUUAAAAAAAAAUUGUAUUGAAACUUUUCAGCAAUAAAAACAGAUUGAUCUAAAUAAAAAACAAAACAACAUAAAACAAAAAAAGAAAGAACGGAUUAUUUGGGCUUAGAAGUUCAAGCAUGUCUCUUAGAACUGUGCUUUUUUCAGAAGCAUCUCAUUCAUCUGAAACCUAUGGAUAUUUUACUUCAAAGUAACUGUGCAAAAAGUUGUAGCCUUCAACAUAUAGAAGGGAAAACGUCUGAAGUGGCUGGUGGGUUCUUUCCUCUGUCUCUCCAGAUAAUGAAAUCGUCUCCAGUUUGCCCUUGCAGAUGUCCCUCUAUUUCAACCUCUGCUUUUUCCCAUUUUGGUGGGUCAGCAGUAUAGUGAUGCUGCAGCUGAAGGUGAGUUCAGAAGACAAUUGGUACUCUUAUAAUCCUAUUGCAUCUGCUGUUGUUCUGUACAAACUCUGCAAGAGAGACUAGUAAUGGUGCAUCUACAUACCUUGUAAUAGCCGUACUUCUAUAAUAAGAUUGAGAAUGUUCUGAGUGGUGCUUAUUUAAAGAAUUUUGUAUCCCACUCUUCAGCCAGAAAAAGCUCCCAAAACAAUUUGCCUAUCAGUGCAAACAAGGCAGUCCUAAUGUUUACAGUCUAAAGAACAAUCACACAACGGAAAAAGAGAUAAGGAGGGAGGAUGAAAUAAGUGGUGGCCAAACUUUUUUCAAAGAGGGCCAGAUUUGAUGAAGUGGAGUGAAGGGACAUGAGGGCCAACCAAAGAGCCAACCAAAAUUGUUGAGCUUUGUUUAGGAUUGAAGUUGUUGAGCUUUUUUUAUGAUUUUACCCCAGGAAAUAAACUGCCACAGGAGCUGGAUUAAACCGACCAGCGGGACAGAUUAGGCCCCCAAACCGGACUUUGGACAUGCCUGAUAAGCAAACUCUGUUAUAGGUUCCUAGUUAUAAGUUCUUCUAAUGACCAGCCAGAGUGGAAAAGUUCAAGGAGAUAACAGUUAAUGGUCUCAGCUGCAUUGAUGGAGUGACCCUCCAUCCCUUUCCUCUCCGCCUCUGCUGCAGCCUGGUGUAAUGACUGCUGCCAGUCAGGUGACAGUUGAUAAGAGGGAGGGGCCUGACUUCUCAGCAGAGAUGGCUCUCCAUUCCUUCUCUCCCUCCCCUGCUGUAACCUAAUGAAAUGGCUGUGGUCAAGUGACACUUGCAGACAGGUUUAUAACAUAAGCAGGCAAUUUUUUUUGGGGGGGGGGACACAGAUUCUCAGUGUAGCCUUAUGAGGCUUUGCCCUCGGGUGGGAAAAAUAUUGCGCCCGAGAAAGGGAAGUGGGAGUCAACAGACACUCAAGGAAUAGUUUCAGAGAAAAAGCUUUAUUUCUACCAUCCAUGAACUGGUAGAAGGAGCAAGUGUGAUAACUCACAAAAAGCAUGCACAAGUUCACAGUCAUGUGCACAAGCAUAUAUACCCUUCCAGUUCCCUCCCCCUUUUCUCCUCCUUCUUCCAGAGUCCUGCCCCAUGAAUUCCUCUGAGCAUGAACAGAAAGCUGUCUUGGGACUAUUGUGGACUCUUGGCGCCCUUCCCAGGAAAGGGGGGGAGGGGUGAGAAGCCAAGGGGUUUCAGAGUGUUCAGAUAUGUUUCAAUCUCUUGUUCUGGCAUAGUUCCCGGAAAGAAAGUUGCAAGUCAAAUGUACUGUUUGGCAAGGUCAACUAUAGCCUGAGAAGCGACCUUUGUUACAGCAGAGCGAAAUGUUUCUGAUGCUUAGCUAAUGCCUUUUAGGGGCUGAGAAAAAUUAUUUUGAAAAGCUUUGAGAAGCUUUGAGCCCGCUUUGGUGGGGGGUGACUUCGGGCCUAGGUGGGGUCACCUGUCCUCACCUCCUACAUCAGUAUAGUAUGGAUUCCAAGAAUAUGACAGUCAAUUGGCCAAUGGUAGUACAGGCAUACCUCAGAGAUAUUGUGGGUUCAGUUCCAGACUACUGCCAUAAAGCAAAUAUUGCAAUAAAGUGAGUCACACAAAGUUUUUGGUUUCCCAGUGCAUAUAAAAAUUACGUUUACACUAUACUGUAGUCUGUUAAGUGUAGUAUAUCUAAAAAAGCAAUGUACAUACCUUCAGAGUUGUUUUUUCCAUUGGGCUUACUGGCUUGUUGCACCAGGGCGCUGGCCCCUUAGGGGUGCCCCAGUGAGUGGGGGAGCUGUGUGGCUUUGCCGGCGGCCUCCCCUUUCCCUCUGCACGCCCGCCAGCUGCGCCCCGUCAACCAUAUGGGUGGCAGGCGUGCAGCUUCCUUCCUAGGCCCUCUUGGGAGGAGAGCAAUCCCCGCAGAGGCUUAGGAUGGAAGCUGCGCCCUGCCAACUAUAUGGCUGUCGGGCGUGCAGCUUCCUUCCCAGGCCCCCGCAGAGGCUUGGGAAAAGAUUGACAACUCUGGGAAACGGGGGUGGGGCGCCAGAGGGAUCUUUGCACCACGGUGGCGGAUAUGCUUAAGACGGCCCUGCAACCUUGAUUAAUGUGACGCAGAGACACAAAGUGAGCACAUGCUGUUGGAAAAAUGGCGCUAGUAGACUUGUUUGAUGCAGGGUUGCCACAAACCUUCAAUUUGUAAAAAACACAAUUAUCUGUGAAGUGCAGUAAUGCGAAGCGCAACAAAACGAGGUAUGUCUGUAUUUAAUUUUUUGUCAUUUUUUGUCAUUUCUCAAUUCUAGUAUCCAGUCUUACCAGACUACUACAAGUUCAUCUUGGUGACAGUCAUUAUAUUAACCUCUCUGAUUGAAAUGAUCCGCUUGUACCUAGGAUACAUGGGGAAUUUGCAGGAGAAGGUAAGUUUGCCUCACACCCAUGAGGAAUUCAGUAGCAGUUAUCUCAGACUAAUAGAUUAUUAAUAUUGAAUAACCUUUCUUAGGUUACAGCCUUCCCCCAACAAAUUUAGUAGCUGGACUCAGUCCUGAAGAUAAGAUACCACACAGACAUGCUGGUUAGACGCAUACAUGGUUUUUUUGUAGACACUUGUAUGGAGGAGCUUCUGUAGAGCAGUGGCCAAGACAAAGUGUGAAAGCCGGGAAGCAGCUCAGUAGGUGGUCUCAGUGAACCACCGCAGAGGGAAGGUCCUACCCUCUUCUGAAAUAUUUUUAAAUGGAAUAUUUUAAAAGUCUCUUAAGUGGUGCACAAUGGUAAAAUAAAAAUGCAGCAUACUGUAAAACCAAUAAGCAGUAAUAUAAAAGCAUUUUAAAAAAUAAAAGAGGAAUUGAUGCAUUCAAACACAUAAAACAGGUCUCGUCUUAAUGGGUCAGGGAAAGCAACAUGGAGUAAUGAAUGCUAUUGGCCACACAGGGCCGUUGUAAGAGUUGAAAAACAGUAUGUGAAGCACUUUGAGUACUUGAAAUACACUACAGAAAUGUUAAGUAUUAAAAAAACACAGUGCUAGUAUUAGUAAAUGCCAUUCUGGAAUGAAAUGUAAAAAAACCCAACAACCUGGGAUAUAAUGUGGAUCUGAAAGGAAAUGGAACUGACAUGUAUCUGUCUAACAAAGAAUAAGGUUAAGACUUUGGGGCUGCACUUUUCCUAUACACGUUUACCUAGGAAUAAUCCCAUUAAAUACAGUGAGAUUUACUUAUGAAUAAACAAGCACAGAAGCGCAUGGUGGAUCAGCCUAACAUGCUGUCUGCAAUUCCAACAUUCUAAAAUUCUAUUCAGUGCUUAAUCUGAUUAAGGUUUUAGCCUUGCAGUUGCAUGGAUUAGUAAGAAAGGAAAGAAACGCUCCUGAGUAUGUGCAGAGCGUGUUUUCCUAGCUACUGAAAAAAUGUUACACACAAGAUGCUUAAGCAGUCAGGGUUCAGGCCUCAUCAUGGGACUGAAACUGCCUUGGUCGCGCUGGUUGAUGAUCUCCGGCGAGCUAGGGACAAAGGUGAGAGCUGUUUCCUGGUUCUGCUGGAUCUCUCAGUGGCCUUUGAUACAAUCGACCAUAACAUCCUUCUGGACCGUCUAGAGGGGCUGGGAGCUGGAGGCACUGCUAUACAGUGGUUUCGCUCCUUCCUCCUGGGCCGUGUUCAGAAAGUGGGGGGGGGGUGAGUGUUCAGACCCCUGGGCCCUCACUUGUGGGGUACCUCAGGGUUCCAUCCUCUCCCCCAUGCUUUUUAACAUCUAUAUGAAGCCGCUGGGAGAGAUCAUCAGGGGGUUUGGACUGGGUGUCCAUCAAUAUGCAGAUGAUACCCAGCUCUACCUCUCUUUCAAAUCAGAACCAGUGAAGGCGGUGAAGGUCCUGUGUGAGUGCCUGGAGGCGGUUGGAGGAUGGAUGGCGGCUAAUGGAUUGAAGUUGAAUCCUGACAAGACAGAAGUACUGUUUUUGGGGGACAGGGGCGGGCUGGUGUGGAGGACUCCCUGGUCCUGAAUAGGGUAACUGUGCCCCUGAAGGACCAGGUGCACAGCCUGGGAGUCAUUUUGGACUCACAGCUGUCCAUGGAGGCACAGGUCAAUUCUGUAUCCAGGGCAGCUGUCUACCAACUCCACCUGGUACGCAGGCUGAGACCCUACCUGCCUGCGGACUGUCUCGCCAGAGUGCUGCGUGCUCUAGUUAUCUCCCGCUCGGACUACUGCAAUGCGCUCUACGUGGGGCUACCUUUGAAGGGGACUCGGAAACUACAACUAAUCCAGAAUGCGGCGGCUAGACUGGUGACUGGGGGCGGCCGCCGAGACCACAUAACACUGGUCUUGAAAGACCUACAUUGGCUCCCAGUACGUUUCCAAGCACAAUUCAAAGUGCUGGUGUUGACCUUUAAAGCCCUAAAUGGCCUCGGUCCAGUAUACCUGAAGGAGCAUCUCCACCCCCAUCGUUCUGCCUGGACGCUGAGGUCCAGUGCUGAGGGCCUUCUGGCGGUUCCCUCACUGCGAGAAGCAAAGCUACAGGGAACCAGGCAGAGGGCCUUCUCAGUGGUGGCACCCGCUUGUGGAACACCCUCCCAUCAGAUGUCAAAACGAUAAACAACUACCUGACAUUCAGAAGACAUCUUAAGGCAGCCCUGUUCAGGGAAGUUUUUAAUGUAUGAUAUUUUAGUGUUUUUUGGUUUCUAUGGAAGCCGCCCAGAGUGGCUGGGGAAACCCAGCCAGAUGGGCGGGGUACAAAUAAUAAAUUAUUAUUAUUAUUAUUAUUAUUAUUAUUAUAAGCAUGUUGAUUUCAGGUGCUUAAGCAAUAGUAGACAGCAUGGUGGGUCAGAGGCACUUACUUGGUCUCCAUGCAGGUGAGGCACUGCUGCUUAUUGAGAGGAGCGAGACAGUGGCAAGGUCAGAACACUGCAAAUGCAGUGACCAGUUCAAUCCAGUGUGUUUCCACCACAACACGCUCCCCGCCCCUUCCCUGUAUGCAGCAGCAUCUCACCUACCAGGAGCUCAGGUAAGCAGCUCUGCCCCACCAUGCUAUUUGCUUCCGUGUUUCAGUCUGUAUUGGAUUAAGGGGCGUACCUAGGGGUUGGUUAGGUUGGGCCCCGCCAAGGGCUCAGGCCCAGGGGGGCACAAAAAGCACACCUCUCAACUCUGACUGAGACUGGCUAGGAGCCUGUCUGUCCCUCUGCACGCUCUCCAAGCUGCUCUUCCGCUGCUCUGGGCAGCUGGGCGAGGCACACAGGGAUGGCGGGGAGGAGGGCAAGGGCGCAAGGAAGCCUGUGUACACCUCUGAUUGGAUUAUGCGCUACAUGUUUAGGAUUGGGGUGCUAGUGGGUUUCUCCACCCCACCCACUUCCUUCUCCUAAUCAUGGUCUCUUCAUUCUGACUUUUGUUGCCUAUGUAAAUCCUACCUCUUUAUCCUGAAAAAUGCUGUAAGAAUGUGAGCAAUACAAUUUGUCCUCUGCUGCUGUCCAGGGCAGCUAAAGGGCAAUGCUUCCUGUUGAAGAGACACAAGCUAGCAAUUUCCAUCCACUCCCUCGCUUCCCCCGGCUCUCCCCAGUCCUGUUUGUAUUCUGUUCCCCCUGUCAGCAAAAUGACAUCUGGCUGAGAUGUCUGAGUGAAAAGUCUGGUGGGGUUGGGUCUGAGUGAAAAGUCACUUCGUUGGCAGGGUUCUCUUGAAAGCUGCAGCCACAACAACAGAAGCAGAAAAUCCGCAGAAGUCGAAAAGCUGUUUAAUGAAAUCUCUGUGGCUCUUAGUUUCUCAGUGUUCACACUUUGGACACAGGUGUUAGAAAGUCUGACCAAUAAAUUUUCUACUACUGAGUCGUCAUGCUGCCAGGAGGUUAGUAUAUUGAUACAACCCCCCCCCCCCUUUUAUUUUUUUGCCUUUAAUAGGUUCCUGAACUAGCUGGCUUUUGGCUCCUGAGUCUCCUUUUACAACUGCCCUUAAUUCUCUUCCUGCUUUUAAAUGGAGGUCUGAAAAUCCAGCCCUUGGAGCGAGCAGUGAAUAUCGUCUUUGUAGUCUUCCUUGUCUUCCAGGUUGUUACUGCAUUCAUUGCCCUCAGAAGAAUGGUGAACCAACUGGCAAAUCGCUUCCGUCUUCAUGAGUUUGACCAGCUAGAUCGUCAUUUCCGCUCUGAUAACCUAAGCUGGCAUAAAAUGAGAGUGGAGGCUCCAUGGGAUAUGAGGCCACGUGUGGAGGAAAUUCGCUCAACAAGUUCUAGUUGGACAUCUGCCGUGAGGGCUUGAUGCAGAACAGCCACCUGCCCAUCUUCCUUGGUUCCUGUUGCCUUAAUUAUUUGGGUUUCUGACAAUCUGAACUUGUUCCAGAUAACAAAAAAGCUACUCUUCUGCUAGGAACCUGUAAGAUGAGCAUUACCACCAGUGUCUUCACUGUGAGCCAAUUCUGUUGCGAUCAAAAAUACUAACACAGGAAAAAAUGUGACACUGGAAUGUAAAACCUGCAUGUAUUUUGCAGGCAUGAUUCAUGAGGUUAGCUUUCUACACAAUCUUUCCAAUUGUAUCUUGUGUUAUCCACAUGGAUGUGCCUUCCCCUGUAACGCUUUAGCAUGUAUUCCUCUUUAGACAUUUUUCAGUGAAGGAAAAAUGUUUUAUCAGCAGUAGCCCUCAGAUUCACAGUUGUUUUGGACUUCUAAAAGUCUUUAUGUUUUUAUACUUUGCUUAAUUUUUAAAUGUGUUUUCUUAAUAUUUCAAUAACUGUUGCAAAGGAAUAUUUUGUAAAAAUAAAUUGGUGUUAAUAUAUU